CGUUCUAGUUUGGAUACCCCCACCAACUUUACAAAAGCCAGUCUCCUGGAAGAACCCGUUCUGCUCUUAGACACCCAACUGGGCGCUGAAUCAAGUUCAUGCACCUUUCUCUUUACCACUCAUAUUUAAGCACAUCCGCUCAUCUCCCUCUUACCCCAAAGCUCCUUCCUUUCUCUCUUUCUCACUCUCUUUUCCUUUUAAAAGCAUACUUUCCAGUGUAAUGGAAGCAAUAAGCAAGUGUUGUACUUCUUCAGAAUCUUCUUCUUCCGAGUUGUCUUUUAAUGGCAAUACUACGCCAAGAAACGCAAACAAACCGGAGCGGAUCAAAGGUGCAUGGUGUGCAGAGGAGGACCGGAUUCUCACCCGCCUCGUUGAGCGACACGGGCCCAGAAAUUGGUCCUUAAUAAGCCGAUAUAUUAAGGGGCGAUCCGGUAAAUCAUGCAGGCUCAGGUGGUGCAAUCAGCUAAGCCCAAACGUGGAGCACCGUCCAUUUUCUCCAGCUGAAGAUGAGACCAUUUUGGCUGCACAUGCUAGGUAUGGUAACCGGUGGGCCACAAUUGCCCGGUUUUUACCGGGUCGUACUGAUAAUGCGGUGAAGAACCAUUGGAACUCAACGUUGAAGAGGAGGGCAAGAGAAAUGAGGAUGGAAGGUAAUUUAGAUAAUAACAGUAUUAAUGAAGGGAUUGUUGCAGCAGCAGCAGCAGCAGGAUCAACACCGCGCAUGGCAGUGGAAGAGGAGGAAGCGUUCACCGCGUUGACUCUGGCACCGCCGGGGAUUGGUGGUGGUGGUAGCAGUAGUGGGAUGGAGGCGGAGAGGAAGGCAGAGAGUUUGCCAGCUGAGUUUUGGGAUGUGAUGAGGAAUGUGAUUGCGAGGGAAGUGCGAGAGUGCAUGAGUUCCACUGCGAAUCAGACUUCUUGGCUUCUUAAUUAGCUCAAAGAAACAAAGAAACAACAGCUGGUGUUGUAGUGAUUGGGUUUAAUUAAUUUCAUGUUGAUAAAGUAAU